AUGUCUGUCACCAACAGAAAAGAAGGAGGCUCCUGUUCAGACGCAGAGCACAAGCUCUUCUCUGUCAUAUUCUCCAAAUAUAACCAGUACAUACGGCCGGUGGAAAAUGUGACUGACCCAGUCGUUGUACAGUUCGAGGUGUCCAUGUCACAGCUGGUCAAAGUGGAUGAAAUCAAUCAGAUCAUGGAGACAAAUCUGUGGCUGAGACAUAUCUGGAACGACUACAAACUGAGGUGGCUUCCUAAAGAUUUUGGAGGCGUGGAGUUUAUUCGAGUGCCGUCCAACAGAAUAUGGAAACCAGACAUUGUCCUCUACAACAAUGCAGUUGGAGAUUUCCAGGUUGAUGACAAAACAAAGGCCCUGCUUCGCUUCAAUGGUGAUGUUACCUGGAUCCCACCAGCCAUAUUCAAGAGCUCCUGCAAGAUAGACGUGACCUACUUCCCCUUCGACUACCAAAACUGCACCAUGAAGUUCGGCUCCUGGACGUACGACAAGGCAAAGAUCGAUCUUGUGCUGAUUGGCUCAACCAUCAACCUCAAGGACUUCUGGGAGAGCGGCGAGUGGACAAUCAUCGACGCCCCUGGUUACAAACAUGACAUUAAAUACAACUGCUGCGAGGAAAUCUACACGGAUAUCACUUACUCUCUGUACAUCCGCCGUCUGCCCCUCUUCUACACAGUCAACAUGAUCAUCCCCUGCCUCCUCAUCUCCUUCCUCACCGUGCUUGUCUUUUACUUGCCGUCUGACUGCGGAGAGAAAAUCACUCUGUGCAUCUCCGUCCUGCUGUCUUUAACUGUCUUCCUCCUCGUCAUCACAGAGACCAUCCCCUCCACCUCGCUGGUCAUCCCCCUGAUUGGCGAGUACCUCCUCUUCACCAUGAUCUUUGUCACCCUGUCUAUUGUCAUCACCGUGUUUGUGUUGAACGUCCAUUACCGCACACCAAAGACCCACACUAUGCCCUGCUGGGUGCGGACAGUGUUCCUGGGAAUGCUGCCCAGGGUGAUGUUCAUGAGGAGGCCAGAGAGGGACCCUGAGAGGGUGGCGACGACAAACAGUGUUCGGCCGCCUCUUUCAAGGCCCUGUGCCAUUCAUUCGUCAGGUGGUUUGCUGAGGCAGCACAAACAUCAGGCUCUGGCCUCCAGCGCGGUGUCCAGCCUGACAAACCGCCAACGGCUUUUCAACAACACCGAGCGUUCCAACCUCAAUAACUUAAGUGGCACCCUGGGCAAAGGUGCAGGCUCCGCAUUCUUGGGCUGCGAGGGCCAUUGCAACUGUUGCUGGCAAGGGAGAUCCAGCAAGCUGCCGGCAGACUCAGGGGGGGGGAGCGGGGGGCUUGGCAGCAUCGGGGCGCUGACUGGAGGCGGUGCAUUCGGAGUAGGAAGUCAGUGCUCCAACUCCGACUCUAUGGAGGGAGGAGUAAUGUCAGUGUUGCCGCUGUCCCCCGAGGUCAGAGAGGCUCUUGAGAGCGUCAAAUACAUAGCAGAGAACAUGAGACUGCAGAACGAAGCACAGGAGGUGCAGGAUGACUGGAAGUACGUUGCCAUGGUUAUUGACCGGAUAUUCCUUUGGGUUUUUAUCCUUGUGUGCAUCAUGGGAACAGCCGGCCUCUUCCUUCAGCCUCUAUUACUUUGGGAUGACAUUUAAAUCACUUUGAUGAAACAAACACUGCACUGCUGAUGUAUUCAUUACAUUUAAUAUUCUCACCACGGCUCCAACCAUAUGGAGUGGAUCCAAGGUCAAGAUGAUGAGAUGACUGUGAUUUUGUGUGAAGAAGUGGUUUGAAAGGACACUUAAAUGUUGAGGACAGGGUUUAAAAAAGAGCAACGAUGAUGGUGGUUAGUCAUUUUGAUGCUUACAAACUAGUUCUGAAGUAAAUGUAAUCUAUAAUGCCAAUUGCACACUCAUGCUGAAUCAAUGAUUUUUAAGAGUAAAUAAUUACAGUGGUUAAAAUGACUGAAAUUAAAGCACGCAAUUAUGUACAUAAUCACACAUGCUAUCAAAAUCCAAAUAGAAAGCUCAAUAUUUAGGAUGUUUUUUCAUAAUAGGAA